AUGCCGCUGGUGAAGAGGAGCAUCGAGCCUCGGCACCUGUGUCGUGGAGCUCUGCCCGAUGGCGUGACCAGUGAGCUGGAGUGUGUGACCAACUCCACUCUGGCCGCUAUCAUCAAACAGCUGGGCAGCCUCAGUCGUCACGCCGAGGACAUAUUUGGGGAGCUGUUUAAUGAAGCCAACAGUUUCUACCUGAGGAUGAGCAGCCUCCAGGAGAGAGUGGACCAGCUGGCCGUGAAGGUCACCCAGCUCGACUCCACUGUGGAGGAAGUGUCUUUACAGGACAUCAACAUGAGGAAGGCCUUCAAGAGCAGUACCAUCCAGGACCAGCAGGUGGUGUCACGUACCUCUGUGCCCAACCCUGUGGUGGAGAUGUACCACCGCUGUGACAAACCUCCUCCUCUAAAUAUACUCACCCCGUACAGGGACGAUAAGAAGGACGCUCUGAAGUUCUACACCGAUCCUUCAUAUUUCUUUAACCUGUGGAAAGAAAAGAUGCUCCAGGCAACAGAGGACAAACGCAAAGAGAAGAGACGACAGAAGGGCUGCCCCGCCCACCCCGGCAGAGCACAGUCCAGACAGGCCCCACCCCGGAGCCCCUUCUCCGUAAGAGAGCAGCAGAAGCAAGUUGAAGAACCAGGACGAGAGGUCAAGAAGGUUCGUAAGGCUCGUAACCGCCGCCAGGAGUGGAACGUUCUGGCCUACGACAAAGAGUUCAGACCAGACGCUCGCCUCACCCCCUCCCCCUACCACGGGAUGUCCUCUGAGGGGUCCCUGAGUCCAGACAACAGGUACAACUCACCCCCAUCUCACCCGCUUCUCACCCCCACCACAGCCGCUCACCCUCAGGACCACAGCCGUGACCACCUGGGGGCGCCACAGACCCAGAGCCUGGACCGGGUGCUGAGGCCGACCCAGCCCACACCAGGGUCCGCAGCGGCGUCCGGGCGACACGCGGCAUCGCUCGGGAGGACGCCCUCUGCACACGGCACGCAGCCCGAUCACAUGGUCAACGGGCCUCGCCAGCAGUCUGUCAAAGAGUACAGGGCCCAUGGUGGUCAACCGUCCACCAUCCCCGAGUACUACAUCCCCCCGGCUCCUCCCCCUCCUCCCCCCUCCAUGCCCUCCGCUCAGGCGCCGUACGACUCCUCCGUGGCUCCACCCACCGCCGCCUCUAUCCCGCCCACUUCCUCCGCCAUGUCCCGCCCCUACUCCCCCUCCCCCUCCCCUCCUCCCGUCAACUACGUGCCCUCCCCCGCCCACCCCCCCUCUGGCGCUCCCCCCGCUGCCCCGCCCCCUCCUCCACCGGGCGGCCCCGCGGUGCACCCAUCCCCGCCCCUCGCCCAGCCUGACUCUGCCCCCCAGAGGAAGUCCACCAUGUUGGGCAUGAUCCCGAUGAGCGACGCUCGUUCAGACCUGCUCGCCGCCAUACGCAGAGGGAUCCAGCUGAGGAAGGUGCAGGAGCAGCGGGAGCAGGAGGCCAAACGCGAGCCCGUGGGAAACGACGUAGCCACCAUUUUGUCUCGCCGCAUCGCCGUCGAGUACAGCGAAUCGGACGAGGACUCUGAAAUGGACGACAACGAGUGGUCCGACUGA